AUGAUGCACCACGAUGAACUCCAAAGAACCCUGUAAGAUUUUUCAUACGUUGUUUCCUCAAUCAGCUCGACCGAACUUCCAGUAACCCAACUUGCACCGGAACAUCCGUCAUCGCGAUGCAGUACAAAACCGGCGUUGUAGUGAUGACAGAUCGCGUCGUUUCCUAUGGAAAAACUGCGCGCUACAAGGCUCGAAUUCCUCUCUUUUUGCUGUACUACGGAUCGUUUCAGAACGUCUCUCGCCAGUACAAGGUCAACGACAACGUUCUGGUGGCUUUCGGCGGCGACCACGCCGAUUUCCAGUGGCUUCAGAAUGUGAUCGAGAGACAAGCCCUCUUCUGGAAACGCUUCGACCAGGAAAUCGGCCCCAAGGCCUUGCACGGCUACCUCACCAGCCUCCUCUACGCUCGGUAUUCAAAGAGACGUCGAAAUUUCCAAGAGCUUUGCGAUUUUGCAGUCGCUGCAAGAUGAACCCGCUCUGGAACACGUUGAUCGUGGCUGGAAUCGAAGAAGAGGAGAAGAACAACAAGGAAACCAGCACGCCUUUCAUCGGUGUCAUCACUCAGAAGGUCCGUUUCUCUUAAUGGAUUGUUCUUCUCCGGAAUUUUGAAGGGCAUUUGGAACCAAUUUGAGAAUUUGAUGUGACUUAAAGGUUAAGUAGUCUAGUUGCGGUGCACCCCGCGUCGAACUCUCGGUGCACCCCGCAGUGCAGUGUAAUCCGGGGACUACCCUGUAACUUUAAAUGCCUAUCAAGGUACUUGUUCCGUACGCGAUUUUGAAGGGGUUUGUUUUCAAAUAUCACCAUUUCAUACAGUUUCAUCGUAGGCUGUUAUGGUAGCUCAAAAAAAAAACUCGUUCACUGCGGGGUACACCUCGAUUUUUGUUAGAGAACUCGACUCAAAGGCAGAAGUCGAAAAUUCUUUAUAUCUGAUCAGCCUUUUCUAAAGAAUAUUUCAGCGAAGUUUCGUGAAACCUUCCCAUUGAAUGAAACAAGAGAGCUGACAAACUCUAACCGAUGCAUAAUUGAAACUCUUUUUUUUGGAAUGAUAGUAAAACUUUCAAAAAAUUCAAUACUAGAGACAUUUUCGAAAACGAGUUUGAAAGGAGCAGAGAACAAUAAUGAAUUUGUAGGGGUGCGCCUACCAGGUGAAGCACGUCGCUACUGGAAUCGGUGCCAUGCUUUUAAACCAAGCUGUUGAAGACUCGUGGAGAAAAAAGGUUUGAAAAGCUCGAAAGAGUGAUUUGACGUCUUGUUCGCAAGGGCGGAGACAUCACGCGUGCCGAGGCGGAGGCCGUCCUGAAGAAGGCCCUUGAGCUCACCAUCUACCACGAUUGCACCGCCGACAACGAUUUCGAAAUCGGCUCCGUUGACUCCGAAGAUGGCGUCAACCUUGGCAAGGAGGUCAGUCGAAAUGAAUUUAUUGGAUCCUUGCGGCGCUUUUGAGAUGACAGAAAUUGAAUAACGGAGUCAUUAUUUUGUGAUAUAAGCGAACUCUCGAAAGUGGCCCCUAUAGGGGGCAUGCUAGUUGAUAAUUGUUGCGAAAAGUGAAAAAAGCGUUAUUGAAUAAAAUUUGAAAGACCCCUAUGGGGACCACUUAAGCUUCAGGGCUGAGGGGUCAGACCCUAAACCUCUAUUGGGGUCGCCUUGAUUUUACCCCUUUUAGCUGUUUUUCCCUCAACCCCUAUAGGGAUCACUCUAAAAUUCCUAAGCUCGCAUAGUUUUGUCCAAAUAUCUCACCGAGAGUUUGAAUUUUUUGAGUGAAAUGAAAAAGUGUAUUUUUUCAUUUUUCUACUGUUUCUACAGGAAACCAUCAUUGGAGACUGGUCGAUCGCCGAGACCAACUGUCAAUACGAAUGA